AUCAAACAAAAAAUGACGUCCCGAGAAAUAUUAACUAUCCAGCUUGGUCAUUAUUCGAAUUUUAUUGGUGCUCAUUGGUGGAAUUUACAGGAAACAAAUUUCUCUUACAAUACCGAUAAUCCAUCUGAAAUAAAUCACGAUGUUUUGUACAGAGAAGGUGCAAAUUUAAAGAAGCAAGUUACAUAUACUCCCAGAUUAUUACUCGUAGAUUUAAAGGGAGCAUUUGGAUAUUUGAAGGAAGAAGGUACUUUAUACGACACUUCUGAUUGUGAAAAAGCACAACAAUUCCUUUGGGACGACAAAAAGGUGGAAGUGAGUAAAGAAGAGACAGUUACUAAAACUGCAUUUAUUAGAAAUUUGGACGAAUCUUGUGAAACUUCAGAAGCAACCUGUUUGAAUUUGGAAAAUGAAGUUAAUUCGUGGGUGGAUUAUUUGGUACCUAAAUUUCACCCUAGAACUUUGAAUACAAUUAGACAGUAUAAACUUGAUUGUGCUACAUGUCCGUUUGAUAUUUUUACAUACGGGAGAAAUUUAUGGAAUACAGAACAAUUUUCUGACGACUUUUCCGAAAAGAUAAGAGCAUAUAUAGAAGAAUGCGAUUCACCGCAAGGUUUCCAAGUAAUUCUUGAUUCCGAGGAUGGUUUUGCCGGUCUUGGAGCAUCUUGUAUGCAAUACUUGAGAGACGAAUACAGAAAAAGUAUAUUGUCGUUUCCAUGUAUGGAGAGUAAAAAGACAGAAGCUUCUAUGUCCACCAUGACUAAAGUACUUAAUACAGCUUUGUGCUUUCAAAAUAUGGAAGAACAUGCUUCGUUGUAUAGUCCACUCUGUUGCAGCGAAGCUUGGCCACAAGUUGGAGAUUCACGUAUAUUCGACCAUCUAACGUACAAUUCUGAAUUAAAAUAUCAUAGCAGCGCACUUCUGGCAACUGCUUUAGACACGUUAACCAUUCGAUAUAGGCGUAAAGAAUAUCCAAACGUUGUUUUGUCCGAUUUGUGCGCGGAUCUUAAUAAACUAGGUCGAAAAGCGGCCGCGACAAGUUUAACUUUACCGUUCCCGAUGACCGCGAAAGCAGACUUGAUCGACGUGCUCGACGAUUUCGAGGGAACACUGUGGACAAGUUUGACACCAAAUUGUCACAUACCGAUGGAUAAAAAUAUGCAAAGCAUAGUAUUACGGGGAAUACCGGAAGAAAGAUUGAAACGACCUAUUGCUCAUGCAAUGAAACAAAUGUCAAAGCCAGCGUAUAGAUGUUCUACCGUACACGAAAUGAUGAUGCUUUAUUUGGCAUGUACUUGUCACGCAUCGGCAACUUACUUAUCAACUAUUACCUCACCGUUAAACAUCAAACCGCCGUAUCCGAAAAUUUUCAAUAACGUUACGGAAACUGGGGAUGUUAUUGGUUGGCCUGUUGGAACAGAUGUUAAAUCCGUUCCCGUUAUGGCUGGUUUGCACAGUGGAAGCAGCCUUGGUGCAACAUACGAAUCUUUACACGAUCAGUUGAACAGAAUCAGGAAUAUAAAGAAAUUUCACGCAUUCACGGAAUCUGGUUUGGAAGAGGACGAAUUCAAAGAAUGUCUCGAUUACUUGCUCGAUUGUAAAGAAAAUUACGAAGAUCAAUAUAUCUAA